GAAAUCCCUCGUUCGUUCUCUCUCCGUCGUCUCGCUCUUCUCUCCUCAACGAUUAUCUGAUCCGAAGCAAAUCUCAAUCCACAAAAAGCUUGAUUCUAGAUGGAUACUAGUGGAGCGCUCAACAUCAAGAAGUGGGUAGUGAUGUACCCAGUCUAUAUCAAUUCCAAGAAAACUGUAGCUGAGGGGAGGAGAAUCAGUUUGAGUAAAGCAUGUGAAACCCCUAACUGCAUUGAGAUUAGUGACUGUUGCAAGCAUUUGAAACUCCCUAGCGCCGUCGAGAUUGACAAAGCGUACCCUCGUGAUUUCAUGCAAGUUGGGAGAGUGAGAGUGCAGUUGAAAAAGGAGGAUGGCACUUUUGUCAAUCCUGCCAUUACUUCAAGGAAGCUACUGAUGCAGAAAAUUGCAGAAUUGGUACCGAGACAUCCUGAGAGGAUGAAGAAGCAGGAAUCUCAGAAGGUGAAGAAGCAAGAACCUCAGGCUACAACAUCAACCUCUGGAACUUCUUCAAAGUCAGGCAAAGGUGGCAAGAAGAAGAGAUAAAUAAACAAGCUCUCUCUCACUGUUUUCUCAUUCGCAUCAGAUUAUAUGGUUUUUAGUUUCAUAAACUCACAAAAAUGUGUUUGCAGAUGUAAAAGAUUUUGUUGGUUUUUAUCACUGUGCUUUGCCUUUUUGGGAUCAUCACAUCAAUAGACAACUACGAAUUACAAAACAAAAGAAGAAAAAGAAAAAUUAGUAUUAGCUUUUUGUGUAAUGGCAUUUUGCCACAUUUCCUCAACUAAAGUCAGAAAACAAUGUUUAAU